AUGGGUCUACGAGUAAAACUGCGGAGGACUUUUACGUCCAAGAAGAAUAGCACGGGAAGCGAGACCGGACCCAAUGGUGAACCAUAUUACACGAGCCGGAAAGAUAUUGAAUACUAUAAGCCCCACGAGAUCCCAAAGUCCAAGUACCGGGGGAAGGUCGAUCCCGAACAUCAGGCCUCUCUGCAAGCUUUCUCCCUUGCCGACGCCUUUUCAUCAGCCCGGAGACGAACUUCACUAGCCCUCUCAGGCACCUUUUCCCCUGGCGGCACCAAAUCGCAGAGUGCUGCUGCCAGUCGAGUCCACAGUCGAGCCCCAAGCCGGAGGCCGUCGGUGCAGGAAUUCCACGGGUCAACACUGAGGAACGAGAGUGGCGUGGACUCGGAAAGCAGCGGCAGUUCUUCGCACAGCACGAGCAGGCAGAAGAGCACCGCUGCCAGUGUUGCGUUUGAUGCCGAGACUGCGAGCACAUCCCUCUCAGGCCAAGCCACGGCAGUCCCCUCGGCCCCUGCUGAGCCAGACACCAAACUCGCCCAGCAUGACAGCGGGAUUGACAUGACUGAAUUGGCAGCUCUGUCUAAGCAAAGCACUGGCCACGGGACACCCUUUACGGCCGAGGAGCUCGAGCAAGCCAUGACGAGAGCAUCAAUGAAACGCAGAGAUUUCGGCGACGGAAGAAUCGGAGUCGCCUUAUGA